AUGAAAGAUGAAAUUGCUGCCACGGUUUUUUUCAUCACGAAGCUGGUGAAGAGGGAAGACAGGCUGAGCAAGCACAAAGUGGAGAAGUUUGCAGCGAAGCUGACCACGGUCCUGUUUGAAAAGUACAAAAACCACUGGUACCUGGACAACCCAUCCCGAGGCCAGGCCUUCAGGUGCAUCAGGAUCAACAAACACCAGGCACGGGAUCCCCUGCUGGAGCAGGCUUGUGUGGAGAGCGACGUGGACUUCAGCCUGCUGGGCCUGCCCAAGGAGAUGACGCUGUGGGUGGAUCCCUUCCAGGUGUGCUGCAGGUACGGCGAGAGGAGCCGGCCCUUCACCGUGGCACGCUUUGAUGGGGAGGAGAACCCCGAGCUGCCCCAGCAGAUCAGCCUUGCCGUGGGCAGGGCAGCCCUGGACUAUCACUCCAGCACCUCCUCGGAUGAGGAGAGCUUCAGCAGGGAGCCCAGAGCCAUCCCCACCGUCAGCAACCCCAACAGCAUCUACCAGUUUGGUGACUUCUGCAAGGCUCCCCCCCAGCCCUGGUGGCAGUACCUGCACAGGAAGCCCCACGUGCCCGAGGGCUCCCACUUUGGCCAGCACAGGGGCUGCAGGAGCUACAAGCCCACGGCCACCUUCGCUGGCCCACGAGUGGACAGGUACCACUGGAUCAACACCAAGAGGUAG